UUUUCUCUUGUGUUUUGCCUUCAGCUUCCCUUUGCCUUAAUUCCAGUCCUCACCUUUACCAGUCUACGUCCCGUGAUGAAUGACUUUGCCAAUGGCCUGGGCUGGAAGAUUGCAGGGGGCAUCUUAGUCGUCAUUAUUAUUUCCAUCAACAUGUACUUUGUGGUGAUCUACGUCACUGCUCUGGGGCAAAUGGUACUGUACGUCAUUGCUGCAAUUAUGAGCUUUGUGUACUUAGCCUUUGUGGCAUACUUGAGUUGGCAGUGUCUAAUUGCUCUCGGGGUCUCCUCCCUGGCCUGCGGGCGCACGGUAAGGGUCACGAGAACCUUGCUUACUGAAGAGCCUUCGCCAACGCGAAUUAAUUAAAAUACUGGGUCUGUGAGUCCACAGCAGCUAGCCAUCAGGGCCAGUGCGUUUCUAUGGUUUACUGUGUGAACAAAUACCAAUGUAUGUGCAGUUUGGCACAGAACAUUUAAGCUUGUGAUGAUGUGUUAAUGGAUGUGCACAAUGAGAACUAGGCUGUAAUUUUUCUUUUCGUUAAUAAUCACUACAGUCGCACUAUGGAAAUGUGUAAUUGCUGCUAUUGCAGUACCAGAUUUUUAGGGAGAGCGCUGGGUGCGAACUGGAAAGGCUAAAAAUGCUUUCGGGGUUCAUCCAGGGGCAAACUGAUUCUGUCCCUGUAAUGUCCUAGUAAUGGAAAUCUUUAAAAAAAUUGUAAAAGGAGAGAAAUUUGUGGGUUGCACUCCAGUCUAAUAGAAGGGGACCAAUAGGUCUUCAGUUGGAAUAUGUCUGCUCCCUGGUAAAGGGGCGAAAAUUCCUUUGUGUCAAGAAGAGUUUCUACAUUUCAGCAAGAUUUCAAAGGCUUUAUAUGGGCUGAAUGCUUCCGGCCUCAAGUAUAGGGAGGGGUGGGGGAUGGGGUGGAGAAAAAACUCUCUGCCUUUAGAAAUGUAGCACACAUGGGGAAACAUUGGGCAGAAGCUUUGUUGCUGACAAGUUAGAUGUCUGUAUGCAGAGAGUUGUUUCUUCAUAGGAUUUGCAAUACACCCCUUCCCAAUCUGCAGCCUGAAAUGGUACAGACCAUAGAAAUCUUUACCCAUUUGAUGCUUUUGAAUGUAGAAACAGGCUAAGUUUGGAAGCAAAUCCCACAGCUUUCCUUCCGCUGAACUGGCUGACUCUUCCCUCUAUUGGUGAUUAAAGGAGGGUGAGAAAUUAAUGGCCCUGAAACAGUCUUCUGAAACCAAAUGUCUUUUUUACCAGACAGAAUGGCACAGUAGGGCUGGGCUAGAUGAUUCAGAGGUAGGAAUCAGGCACUCCAAGAUGAGUACUGAAUACUUUCUAAUGGUAGACUUGCUCUAACACUAAUCAAGUGGCCGGAUUUUUUGGGUUUGUUUUCUGUACCUGCAUCCUUCUAGGGAUUGCUGCCCAAAAGAUAGAGAAUGAAACCGAGUCACAUGUCCGUUCCCAGGGAGGGGAAGAAAAUGCUUGGCCCAGUGACAAGAGGCCUGUUGUUUGGUAGAGAGCCCACUAGCUUUCAGAUCAAGGCUGGCUCUAGAGUCGGGGUACACAUUUGUAGCCACAAGCAUUGCGCUGUCCCCAAGGAACCCUCAAACUGAUUUUUCAGGUUCUAGAUUCCCCAGACCAGUUGUAAUGAGGUGACAGUUUGAAUGACUUCCAUCCAUGCUCUAUGACAGUGGUGGCGAACCUUUGGCACUCCAGAUGU